AGUGUGUUGAGUUUUUAAGUGUUCUCCUUGUGUCCAAUAAAUGAUGUUUAAUGCCAGUUAAUACCUUUUACUCUUGUGUCUAACUCUGCCUGUCUUGCUUAUGGUGAUGGAAAAAUGCUUCAGCUUUUCUCUCCUGGGACCUGCCUUUCACUCACAACUAAUGUUGCCUUGCUCUUUUUCUGCUUCCCGCUCGUCAGGAUUUGGUGGGCUUGAAACUGCAAACUCCACUGCCAGUGGGUUUAAUUUUGGGGGUUUCGGAUUAACUGCUAAUCCCGCGGUGAAUUUUAAUAUUGGGAAUUUCGGUGUUUCCACUACCUCAACUCCAGCUUUCAAUUUUGGUAACAGUCUGGCAAGCGCAGGUGCCUUUGGAGGCUUUGGGACCACCACCACCAGCGCGGCACCGGCGUUCAGCUUCUCUGCUCCCACCAACACCGGCACCGGCGGACUCUUUGGUGGUACCCAGAACAAAGGCUUUGGAUUUGGUACCAGUUUUGGCACAGGAACUGGAACUGGCUUGGGCAGUGGGUUGGGAACUGGGCUAGGCUUUGGAGGCUUUGGAACCCAGCAGCAGCAGCAGCAGCAGCAGACCACAUUAGGCACUGGGUUGUUCAACCAGCCUGCCCAGACUCCCGCUCAGUCCAACCAACUCAUCAACACAGCCAGCGCCCUCUCGGCGCCGACACUGCUGGGAGAUGAGAGGGAUGCCAUUCUGGCCAAAUGGAACCAGCUCCAGGCCUUCUGGGGCACGGGCAAAGGGUACUUCAACAACAACAUCGCUCCGGUGGAGUUCACGCAGGAAAACCCCUUCUGCAGGUUUAAGGCUGUGGGUUACAGUUUAAUGCCCAACAACAAAGAUGAAGAUGGCCUCGUGGUCUUGGUGUUUAACAGAAAAGAAGCAGAUAUUCGAAGCCAGCAGCAGCAGCUCGUAGAAUCGCUACACAAAAUUUUGGGAGGAAACCAGACCCUCACCGUCAAUGUCGAAGGUGUUAAAACAAUGCCCGAUGACCAGACAGAAGUGAUCAUUUAUAUUGUGGAGCGCUCCCCCAAUGGCACCUCCAGGAGAGUUCCUGCAACGACCCUCUAUGCCCACUUCGAGCAAGCCAACAUCAAAUCAUCCCUGCAGCAGCUGGGGGUCAGCCUGUCCAUGGCCAGGACAGAGCUGUCCCCAGCACAAGUCAAGCAGCUCCUGCAGAACCCUCCUGCCGGUGUUGAUCCUAUUAUAUGGGAACAAGCCAAAGUUGAUAAUCCUGAUCCUGAUAAGCUUAUUCCUGUGCCAAUGGUGGGUUUCAAGGAACUGCUGAGAAGAUUGAAGGUCCAGGAUCAGAUGACCAAACAGCAUCAAACUCGAUUAGAUAUAAUAUCAGAAGAUAUCAGUGAGCUGCAGAAAAACCAAACAACGACUAUGGCAAAAAUUGCACAAUACAAAAGGAAACUGAUGGCGCUUUCGCACAGAACCUUGCAGGUGCUAAUAAAGCAGGAGAUCCAAAGGAAAAGUGGUUAUGCCAUUCAGGCAGAUGAGGAGCAGCUUCGUGUACAGUUGGAUACAAUUCAGUGUGAACUUAACGCACCCACGCAGUUCAAGGGCAGACUGAAUGAGCUCAUGUCCCAGAUUAGGAUGCAAAACCACUUUGGAGCAGUGCGGGCUGAAGAGCGCUAUUACAUAGAUGCUGACCUCUUAAGAGAAAUCAAGCAACACCUGAAGCAGCAGCAAGAAGGGCUGAGUCACCUAAUCAGCAUCAUCAAAGACGAUUUGGAGGACAUCAAGCUAAUAGAACAUGGGUUGAACGAGAGCAUUCCCAUCCGAGGGGGAGUCUUCAGUUGACUGGUGGAGGUUUACACAGAACAUGGUAGUGGAGUUCAUGGCUCACCUUCCAAGGCUAAAACUGUUGAGGUAAAAUAAAACACAUGUCUUGUAGGAGCAAAAUGGUAUUUUGUCUGUUACUUUUAGAAUUAGCAAAGCCUCUUCUAAGCUUUUAAAAUUGACCUUUGGAAGGUUUAUAUUUUAUAAAGCUGUAUAUGCUUUAACAAAAGAAGGAAAACUGAAUCUGUUCAGAUACCAUUUUACUACAAAACUAUAUGUACUAUUGUACAUUUGUUUUCCGUUUUUCUUCUUUUUUUUACAACAACAUUGUCCUAAAAAAUGCAGUGCUGAGGGGAUUGUUUCACUAAUGACUCGGUUUGUGGAAAGCUUAGCCUGCUUCCAUGUUUCUGUCAGAACAAUCAAGUAGCACCAUUGUGUAAACAGCUAACUUAAAUCAUUAGAGAGAUACUUGUUGCUGUAACUAUGUUGUUCUCUGCAAUACCAGUCAGUUACUGGGGCAAGCUGCAGAAAGUUCAUGUUUCCAGUUUCUGUCCUUCCUUUGGAGUGCAAGGAUCUGAAGGUUAUGUUUUGAUCACUUUACAUAUAUGAGUUAUACAAAGCUUUGCUGCCCCUCUAAGUAACAGUAUGUCUGGAUGUUGUCUUCUGCCUUUUUUAAAAAUCACCCAAAAGUAAUAAAUUCAGUCUGAAUUUGUAAUAA